AUGCGAAACAAACUCAAACGGAGCAAGAAAUGUAAAGAUGGCUCGUACCCGAGCAAAGACCCCCAGAGGACCGCCGAGGUGACAACGGUGGAGUUAGCAGGGUCGAGCUCCUCCAACCACGAAGCACCACCAGCAAAGGACAGACAUGGUUCAGGUGUUUCUGCUGCAGGCGUCCCCGUCGGUCAGGAACACAGGAACACUUUUUGUGCAGAAGACAUUAAAAUUGCACCAAUUUUCUUACGUUCAGCUCAGCACAGCCAGAGUCAGCGGGGCAGUGAGGGGACGCCGGGUAAGCCUGCAGAGAAGCUGCAGACAUCAGUGCAGAGUGAAGAUGUGCAGCUGGUGCAAAGUCAGCAGAGGCUGUCAGCAGUUUCUUACCUGAGGAAGAGAUGUAGAGGACAGUUGUCACCCUCAACUCUGCACAGCUGUCUGAAAGAAAUCCAAACAUCUAACCCUGCGUUUCCAGUCCGAGCAGUGUUUAACACUUUGCAGAAGAAAACAAGUCUGCAGGAUUUUGGAUCUACUGCAGAUGACUCCCCAGUUCAAAGCUCCCUACAGAGGCAGUUGAAAGAGAAGAGGAAGUGGGGAGAUGAAACCUCUGAGAGGGCGCACAAACGUCUCAGGUCUAGUCUCACUGCAGAGGGUGUCGUUGUUAAGGAUCACUGUAGCGUGUCAGCACAGGGUGUUCAGGAUAGUACUGUCCCGGUGGCCAGGAAGCAGUCUAGAGGCAACAAGCUAAGUCGCUCUUACAGACUGAGGCAGCAAAGUGGGAGCCCAGCAGGUCUGGUGAACAACUGUGAGCCGUUGAUAAACCACGCAGAGUCUGACAGCCAGUCACUCAAAUACUCUGACAUUCUCCAAAGAGAUUCCAGCUUUGAGGAUGUUCUCUGGACGGACAAAUACAGUCCUCAGCAUUCAAGUGAAGUCAUCGGCAACUCUGCCUCUGUGAAUAAACUACAGAGUUGGUUGAAGAAAUGGAAACUAAGAGCCGACUGUGAGGAGAGGAGAAAAUUGGAGGAAAGGAAUCAAGAAGAAAGCAGCAAUGACUCGUGGGACUGUGGAGACUUCCAGGGUGACGCUGGGGCAGAGGAUGGCAGAAAGGAGCCGCUGUGCAACACCAUGCUGAUUACAGGGCCUCCAGGUGUGGGCAAGACCGCCGCCGUGUAUGCCUGCUCUCAGGAGCUUGGCUUCAAGGUGUUUGAGGUGAACUGCUCCUCACAGCGGAGUGGUCGCCAUGUUCUGUCCCAGCUGAAGGAGGCUACCCAGUCCCACCUAGUGGAGAUGUCUGGGAAGGAUCCACUGAAACCAACUUACUUCAACAACUACAACAAUAAAGAGACUUUAUCUGGAAAGACUGUGACUCUGAAAAAUGUCACCUCUACUUUAAAAAAGAGGGCAGCACAGAACGUUGGCGGCUCCAGUCGCAAAGGAAAAGUGAAUCCAUCCAAAGUCACUUUGGCCAACUACUUUAAGAUGAAGGCCAAAGCAGAUCACUUACACUUAGGUGGCCUGUCGCCAUCUGAAAAACCAGACGGCAAAACAUCGGGCAGCCCAUCACCAGGCUCUGAUCAAACAGUGCCACAGAAUAAAAACACAGCCACAUCACUCAUUCUGUUUGAAGAGGUUGAUGUCAUAUUUGAUGAUGAUGUUGGUUUCCUCACAGCCAUCAAGACUUUCAUGGCAACCACUAAAAGACCGGUCAUUCUGACCACCAAUGAUUCAUCAUUCAGAGAGAGAUUCAACUGCACCUUAGAGGAAAUUAUUUUCAAAACCCCAUCAGCGGUGAAUGUCUGUAGUUACCUGCAGUUGGUGGGUUUAGCUGAGAAUGCGCGACUGGAGUUGGAGGACAUUAGCAGCCUCCUCAGACUGUGUGGAGGUGAUGUCAGACGCUGCCUGCUGCAGCUGCAGCUCUGGGUGCACAGUGGUGGAAGAUGGGCAUGUCAGAAGGGAGACGUGCCAAAGGAGACUACUGGUGUACAGCUUUCUGAAAAAGGAGACAAUGUAGACCCCCAGCUUCCUCAAUGUGACACAGGCUGUGCUGCUACCAUGCUGGGGCUCCAGCCUGUGACCCCCAAAAAACUUCUAAACCUUCUAAAGUGUCCAUUCUGGUCUGAAAUGGACAUGACGGAGCUACUGAGGCUGCUAGCUGAGAGCUGGAGAGGAGGUGUGCCUCUUCUGUACGCCAACCUGGAGCUCUUUCUACCCAUCGGGGCCAAAGGAACUUCAGUCCACUUCCUGGAGAAGGGGACUUGUUCUGGGCUGCAGAGUGAGCUGGCACUCCCUUACAGUGAUCCUAACAUCCAGCAGCUGGAUGGAAAUAUCACUCCAAGGGCUUCAGCCACCGACAGCAAAUCUGUAAGGAAUAUGUACAGGCUGAGCCGAAGGAAAUACAUGCCCACAAUGUUUGACACCACGUCAUCCUCCAGUUUGACACAAAAUCUUCAGAGAAAAUCAUCAUCAGCAAAGAGGAGUAGUUCAAGAACCCCGAGAUCGAGAGAUGCGACUGAUCAAAACACAGCCAAAGUGGCACUCGACUGUUUGGAUGCCUUGACCGACUUCUUUGACCUCAUGUCGUACCUCGAUGCCACGAUGCCGGCUGCAGAACCACUUGUUUCCGGCUUAUGCAGACCUGAGGCGUUUUGCUGGACAGGAGCUGUGAUGAAGGAUGGCUUGUUGGAUGAGAUGAGUGAGGAGGAGGAGGAGCACAGGAGUUGGAGCCAGGAGAAGCUGUUGGAUAUACAGGCUGCUGUUGAGGGCUUGGGGUGUCACAGGUGCCUGUGGCGAAUGUCUGAGGCGUGGACUGAAGCCCAAAAAUACACACAGGAACUGGGAGACACAUGGUGGGCCUCCCAGUCUCUUGUCUCUUCCAAAAGACAGAGCCUCAGCUUCAGUGUUCAACCUCUGUGUGCACCAAGUGUGUCUCAAAGGAGGUACGAGCUGAGCAGGUCGGUGCUUGGCAGUAAAUCCUUCAGCCUGCUGGGGAACAGAGAAGCUGUCAGUGUCGACUACAUGCCGGUCCUCCGCUACAUCUGCCGCUUUCAGAGAGAACAGCGGCAGAAAGAGGAGCCAGUCAGGUGCCUGAACUACCUCAGCAGCACACACCUGGGCCUCUCAAAGUCAACCAUUCAACUCCUGGCAGAAGACUAAAACCUCACAUUCUCACUACCUCACUUUAGAGCAGUCAGUAUUUAUUUUACUGUGCAUUCAUUUUAUCUGAAUAUUCUUUCUCUAAGUCCGUUUUUAUUUACGUGCAACAGUAAAAUGUAAAUAAAAAAAUAUUUUUGUAGAUUAUGUUUGUGAAACACUUGUUCGGGUACUGACAUGGGAGAUUUGUUUUAGUGGAUGAAGAGCAUAGUGGUGGCUAUUCGGAACAUUUGCGAAGCAAUUCGUAAAAAGCCACAGCCUGAAGCAGGGCGCCGCAGAGUUCCUCCCCUCCAUUGUUGCUCCCCAUUUGGAAGGAAUUCCUGUACUUCAGCAACAGUUCUUGGGGGAGGCUUAGCCUGGGACUCUUAUGUGUAACCGACUCAGUCAUCAACCGUUGGACAACCUCUGCCCCACUGACCCGCGACUCGCCCACCAUGAGUCCAAAGUGCUGACCCACAGCAGUACGCAUCAUAUUCAAGACUCUGAAAAGGAGGGAAAUCAUUUCAGGAACUUUCACAGACUUCAACCGACAGUUGCCACAAAACAAAUAAAAUCCAAAUGAAUGUUU